AAAGGAUGCAUAGUUCACUAAAUAUAAUAAUAAUAGUACAAUAAGUAAUGAUUAAUGUGUAAUAAGUAAUGCAUGUUGUGUAAUAAGUUAUAGCAAAUUAUAUUUAUGAUGAUACCACCACUCUCGUAUGAGAAUCCAAUGGCGAUAUGUCAGUGUGUCAACUCGCACGGUGAUUCUGACAAAACAAAGGCCGGGAUCUCUGAAUCAGUGUAUCAACUACUGACUAGCCACCUUGAGACAUUCACACAAUUUAUGGAGAGACUCAGAAGAGCAUUAACAGCUUACUUCAGCACCAGAUCUAACGCAGCUGUACUAUUAAUACUCCAAGUCUGCACAGGCUUAGGCCGAUUUCUAAAUAGAAUAAAACACCUUCUCCUUUCACUCUCUUAUAUAUAUUGGCUAUGUAUCAGGACAGCCACAGCAUUACUCCCUGUGAAUAUACGUCAUAAAUAUCUAUUACACCACUAG